UGCGCAAUGAGAAUCCUGGAUAGAACAAUGAGACGGCAAGUACUGUUUUUCAUCUCGGUCCUUUCUCUCGCUUCAGUUCUCGGCCAAGUCAGCUUCUCGAUUCCGGAGGAAAUGUCAAAGGGCUCUGUUGUCGGCAACAUAGCACGGGAUUUAGGUUUAGAUGUGAAAAGACUAAAGUCAGGUAAAGCUCGUAUAUUUACGAGCGACGGCGCAGAAUAUAUCGAGCUGAGCAGAGAAAGAGGCGUCCUCCUCUUGAAAGAAAGGAUAGACAGAGAGUCGCUCUGCAGGCAGACGACGCCUUGUGCUUUACAUUUGCAGAUUAUUCUAGAAAACCCGAUGGAACUUUUUCGAAUAACAGUAGAGAUUACGGACAUCAACGAUAACAGCCCCAGUUUUAAAAAUGACGAGAAACGUUUUGAAAUCAGUGAAUCUGCAAUUAUCGGGUCUAAAUUUGUGUUAGAAAGAGCGGUUGAUGCAGACAUCGGAAUAAAUGGCCUGAAAAAUUAUACCUUGAAACCUACAGACAAUUUUGUACUGAAAAUAGAAGGUCAGGCAGAUGGAAAUAAAAAGGUAGAAAUGAUUUUACACAGGCCCUUAGAUCGAGAGAAAGAGGAGCAAAUAUCAUUGCUGUUAACAGCAGUAGAUGGAGGAGACCCUCAGAUGUCUGGUACAGUAAAGAUUUAUGUGACAGUGCUGGAUGCAAACGAUAAUGCUCCCGUUUUUACGCAGUCAGUUUAUAAGGCGGCCAUAACGGAAAAUUCUCACAAAGGUACAACGCUAACAUCAGUGAGCGCUUCUGAUGCAGAUAAAGGACCGAACGGGGAAGUCUCUUAUUCUGUGUCGACUACUAUGGACAGUGUGUCUGAUAUAUUUACAAUUAGUGAAAACGGCGAAGUUAUACUCGUUGGUGAAGUUGACUUUGAAAAAGCCAAAUAUUACCAAAUUGAUAUUGAGGCUCAAGACAAUGGUGGCCUUUCUGAUUCCAGUAAGAUUAUAGUUGAUGUCAUUGACAUUAAUGAUAAUAAGCCUGUAAUCAGUAUACUUUCCAAAUCUGAUUCAAUCCCAGAAGACUCUCCCCAUGGUACAGUUAUAGUUAUGUUCAGUGUCUUUGACCCAGAUUCGAGUAACAAUGGUCAAGUGAACUGCAGAAUAAACGGUAACAUUCCAUUUACAAUUAUAACGUCUUCAAACGACUUCUACAGUUUGGUGACAGACGGUGAUUUAGACAGAGAGAGAGCCUCUGAGUAUAACAUUACUGUGACCUGCUCUGAUGAGGGAGUGCCCUCCCUCUCCAGCAGCGUCACUCUCACCUUACAGAUCUCUGAUGUAAAUGACAACGAGCCUGUCUUUGAGAGGAGCUCAUAUGAGGCCUACAUUGUAGAAAACAACACACCAGGUGUGUCUGUAUUCACAGUGAGAGCCACAGACGCUGAUUGGAACCAGAAUGCUCGUGUUUCUUACAUUCUGGAGGACUCCUCAGUGAACGGAGUGCCAGUCUCCUCAUAUGUGUCCAUCAGUGCUGAUAGUGGAGUCAUCCAUGCAGUGCGCUCUUUUGACUACGAGCAGAUCAAAGACUUCCAUUUCCGUGUGAAAGCUCAGGAUGGAGGCUCUCCUCCACUCAGCAGCAAUGUGACAGUGAAAAUGAUGAUCCAGGACCAGAAUGACAACCCUCCUCAAGUUCUGUAUCCAGUCCAGACUGGUGGCUCUGUGGUGGCUGAAAUGGUGCCUCGUUCAGCAGAUGUGGGCUAUCUGGUGACCAAAGUGGUGGCUGUUGAUGUGGACUCUGGACAGAAUGCGUGGCUGUCGUAUAAACUGCAGAAAGCCACAGACAGGGCUCUGUUUGAAGUGGGUUCACAGAAUGGAGAGAUCCGAACCAUCCGCCAAGUGAGUGACAAAGAUGCAGUGAAACAGGGACUGAGUGUUAUAGUGGAGGACAACGGGCAGCCCUCUCGUUCAGCUACAGUCAUUGUGAACGUGGCGGUGGCGGACAGUUUCCCUGAAGUUCUGUCGGAGUUCAGUGACUUUCCACACGACAAGGAGUACAAUGACAACCUGACUUUUUACUUAGUGUUGGCUCUGGCUGUGGUCUCCUUCCUGUUCAUCACGUGUUUGGUGGUUAUUAUCUCAGUGAAAAUCUACAGAUGGAGACAGUCUCGCAUCCUGUAUCAUUCCAACCUGCCUGUGAUUCCAUAUUAUCCUCCACGUUACUCAGACACUUUGGGGACAACAGGGACUCUCCAACACGUGUACAAUUACGAGGUGUGCAGGACGACAGACUCGAGAAAGAGUGACUGUAAGUUCGACAGAGCUAGUAGUCAGAACGUGUUGAUCAUGGAUCCCAGUUGUUCAGGGACGAUGCAGCGGAUGCAGAGUGAGAAGAGAAUCCUGGAUGAACCAGACUCUCCUCUAGAGGUUAGUCUCAUCAAACAAAACAUGAUUGUAUCUAUCUGUUAUGGGGCAUACUAAAGUGGGGAUCUGCAAAAGCUGGGAAGCACAAUGCAGUGCACUUAUGCUUUCUUCCAUAUUGCCAAUUUUCUGUCCUAACAACUAUUGGUGUUGAGCACUUUCAUAAACUAUAUUCUAUAGCAAUAUGCAUGUCCUCCUAUUUACUGCAAAAUUAUGCAACAUGUAAGUUUUAUCCCUUUUAAUUUUAAAGCUUUCAAGCCUUGUUUAGCCAACUUUUAGUAUAGUUAGAAAAUUGUAAGACUACACUGUAGAAGAUCCUUAAACACAACAUUUGAAUAUAAAAUGCGUUUUGCACAAUCUGGUCCAGUAGCAACAUUUUAUGGUCAUAAUGCAAUCGCUACUUAUUUGACAAGACAGUUACAGAAACAACUUCUUUUUCUUUUGUCAUCAACUAUUUAUUGUCAUAUAUGAUGUUUGCAAGAUUGCAGCUUUUGUUCACCUGAAAUGUUUGCUGGCAAAGCAUACAUUUAGACUAAAUUCUUAAGUGACUGUAUUUAACAGGACAGUUUAACUCUAAGAACUUAUUUCACUCAUAUGUCCAUAUGCUUCAAUGGUGACUAACCAAAGACAACUAAAUCUGAUUGACAUAAGCUCUGACACUGUUUACACAAAACGUUUCAUACAUUUUUCAAGCAUUACAUGGACUGCCUUUGAGCACCACUGUGCUUAAGAUUACAUGCAAGGUUGCUGGGAAUUCCAUAAGUUACUUUGUGGACCUGUUGCAAACUUAAUUCACAAUUGCAAAUUGUAUAAGUAUUCUAAAGCAAGUAUAGACCAUCAUCUUCCUUGUUGGCAUACAGUUUGAUAAAUUACUUCUGAUUUUAAACGUAAACUAAAAGACUGUCUUCAUUAAUUUAUGAGCUGUUUCUGUUGUGUUCUUCUUCAUAAGUGUAGUUCCACCCUGAUGAAUUCUGACAUAUUUUUUAAGUGCGUGCAUAGCAUUUUUUUUUAUUAAUCUGAGAACCUCUUUUACAUUAUUUAGUGUCAUGAUUAUUUAAAGAAUGCAUUCUUACUUUUAUCUGUCUUCAUAACUGCAUCAUCAUCACAUAAUUUGUAAUUAAGUCUGUGACUCCUUUUUGUUGGCUAAUCUUAUUUGGAUUCAGCACUAGUGUUGUGGAUAGUACUACCCACUAUGAUUUUUUUAAAAAAGUGUAACAGGUGAAGAAACAUGCCCAAUAAUUUCAAUGCAUUUGAUUACAUUGUCCCCUUACUGUGCACAUACAGUACAAUGUCAGUGUUUCUCACGGACAUUCUAUUAGCUUAUAGUG